GAAUAUAUAUCGACGUUUUACUUUGUUGUUAAAAAAAAUGUAUUGGAUAUUAAGUUGUAUUUUAUACUUUAGCACUAAACUUUUUAAAGAAUGAGGCGAACUGUGAUAAAAAACAACAUCAAUUUGCCGUAAACAUCUAGCUAAAUAUCUAUCGACUGUUAGACGACUUUGAGACGAGUUUUUGCCGAAUAGAGACGAGUUUUCGCCGAAUAGAGAUGUAAUGAGCCCCAGUCCUCCUAACGCACACGCGUUCCGUUUCUUCUGUCUGAACCCACGCGCUUGAAAAUGGAUUCCCCCCUUGAGCCGACAACUGCAUCAAAUGAUCCCAAUGUUAGCACUGAAGAGGAGGAAGAAGAUGAUGAUAUUGAUGAUGAGGCUGAUGACAGUGAGGAAGAGAGAGGGACACCUACUUCACAGGUACGAUCAAGAAAGCCAAGAUCGUUCCUGACUGGUCGCGGUGUCACCCUUGCCAUGUUGAUGGAGGAUGGUAUUAUGCAGCCUGGAGAAAAGCUGCUUUCAAUUGACUAUUUGGGGCAAAAGUUCCAAGCAGACCUUCUUCCAGAUGGUAAAAUUAAAUGGCCUGAGGCAAACAAAGUCUUCAACUCACCCUCUGCAUGGGCAAUUUACUGCAAGAAACUUGUGAAUCCCUCUAAAAAGUCAGGAUGUGGCUGGGCUUCUGUCAAAUACAAGGGCCGCAAGUUGGACCAAUAUAAGUCAACCUGGUUCAGAAAGCAAAGGGCUCAGACUUCAGAUGGAGAUGCUUCUUUGACUUCCCCAAAAUCAACAUCAGAGCAAAUGUCACCAUCAACAAGUUUGACAUCCCCUACUAGAGCAACUGCUGCUGCUUCUGUGCCAACAUCGGCAGAGAAAGCCAGUUCAUCAGUGAAACUAGCACCAGCCCUUGGGCCAAGGCCUGUUGGUCGUCCAAGACUGAAUCCUUUGCCGAGGGGUCCAUCAAGGCCAGUGGGCAGACCAAGGCUUAAGUCACCUGCUCCAGGAAUACGGAAGAUCUCCUCUCCUAGCAUGACAGCAUCACUUGGGUUUCCUAGUCCUUCACCAGUUGCCUCUGGUCAGAUGUCACCUACUGGAACUCCCUUGCUCAGGCUACCUUCGCCUCACAUAAAGAGCCCACUAGCUACAGAGCUACCUGUCCCUUUAACAUCACCAACAACACCUUCAUCCAAGAAAAGAUCUGUCAGAACUCGACUUUCUGUCAAACACAGCACUGUCAAGCCUGACAGUGACCCACACACACUUGUAGAGCUCGUGAACUUCACCACUACUGGACGCAUGCAGCCCUUCUCCAUUGAUAUCUCAACCAACUGUCUUCUCCUUAUGGACUAUCACUGUCACUUGACUACCAGUGAAGUAACAGGCUACUUGGCAGGAAGGUGGGACCCACAAACACAUCAUAUGAAAAUACUUCAGGCGUUUCCAUGCAGGUGCAGGUUUCAAGACAAGGAGAAUGCUCCAAAGGUUGAAGAUGAGCUUCACCAAGCUAUUGGUAAGAGAGGGAUGCACUUGGUAGGCUGGUACCACAGUCACCCAAGUUACCAAGCAGACCCCUCAGUCCAGGACAUCAAAAGCCAACUCCGCUACCAGCAUGCUUUACAGCAAGGCUUGUCUGGUCCACAAGAACCUUGUCUAGGGCUCAUCAUAUCCCCAUAUGACACCUACAAACCAACAAAGGAGUCCACAUUUCGUGCGUUUUGGGUCCAGCGAACCCAAGAGGGUACUCCUGACAGUCUGGGAAUCCCAAUGCACAUGAACUUUAAUGUCCAGCAGGAUCAGUUCCUUUCUCAGGAUCUUCUCAAUGAGCUGAGAUGGACUUGGAGCUUUUAUAAAGGAAGCCCAGACAUCAUAAACUUCAACAACAUGUGGUACAGCAACCAGACUUUCCUUGAUAAGGUCAAGGCAUCUCUGAUCAAGAAGUUCCCUACCGACCAGGCUGACGGCAGAUUCCUGGAAUUCAUCAACACGUUACUUGGCUAACUAAGGCAAUGAGAACCUGAGAACACCUUAACAAGCACUGAUCUAGUUACGAAUAACUUGUAUCUGAACAUUGUAAAUUAUAACCAUUAUAUCCAUUCAAACUUUAAAUAUCACCAUACUAGCUAUGAAAUCACAUGUCGGUAGUUGUUUGUGUCAAACCAAAAGGACAUGUUAUCCAAUGCUUUCAACUCAUCUGACUUUUGUUUGGUUUGUGCGAAUGGAAUUGAUGUGGAUAUAAUGUUUUUAUCUGUAAGAAAGUUUUUGCAUUAUCGCUUUUUAUUCUUUCUCUUCGCUAGUAAAAACAUAAUGACAAAUAGGGGACUUGCGCUGAGAUCACGUGACCUUUCUGGGUGGCAAAUUCAAAACAAAAUAUUAAAACAAAAAACCCUUUCUGAGAAGUCCCCUAUUGCAUUCCCAUCAGUAUAUGACGAAGGCAUGGAUAGAAGACAUUGCAAACAAUUAGAAAAUCCUGUUUUAUUGAGAGUAAGGGAGUGUUAAGGAAGAGUAACAAAAACAAAAAAAGCUCUUUGUAUUUUUCUUACUAAGUGUCUACUUAUAUCAGUAUCUGAAAUAUGUAAUAAAGCAAAAGCAGGAGUAUAGGCGAUGGCAGUAAUCCAAAAAUCUAAAGCAAAAUAAGAAAAGGUUUUAUUUGAA